GACCCUCAGGAGCGUCUUCGGUGACUCCGUGCACCCCUACACGCAGGCAGUCUACAGCUUUAUGGACGAGUGGGGCUGGAACCUGGCGCUCACCGAGCCGGGCGCGAAGGCGCCAUCGGCCUGGUCAGUGGAGGAGGUCGACAAGCGGAUCGCCGAGAGGGUCACCGGCGAGCUCCAGUUCCUGGACGGCGUGUCCUGGCAAGGCAUCUGGGCCCUCUCCAAGCGGCACAGGAGGACGCUCGCCGGGGAGCAGACGAUCAUGUCGGUGGACAACAAGACGCACUGCUUCAUGCACAACGCCGGCACCGCGACCAUCGCGGAGACGAAGGACGAGGAGGGCCCCGCGAAGAAGGCGAAGGCGUGA